UGGGCGGGGUGUUGCCGGAGCUGCGAUGGCUGCUCGCGGGUGUUCGAAGAACCGAGCUUCAAGACCCUCAAAUAGACCGGCUUCUUGACGCCACCGGUGGGCGGGGUCCCCCUGGCCGCCUCCGCCGCUGUCAUGUAUCCGUCAGCGCCGUCCGCGCCGCAUCGGGACUUCAUCUCGGUGACGCUGAGCCUUGGCCAGAGCGACGACGGCAGCAAAACCCUGCGGCGCCGCUCCUGCUGGCGGAGAUGGAAGCAGCUGUCGAGGUUACAGAGGAACGUGAUUCUCUUCAUCCUGGCCUUUCUGAUGCUCUGUGGGCUCCUGCUCUACAUCAGCGUGGCCGACCCGUGGAAAGCCCCGAACGACAGGGCAGCGGGAGAGCAGGUGCCGAGGCCAGUAAACCCGCCGGUCCUGCCAGCUCCUCAGAAGGCAGACGCUGACCCAGGACACGGCCCGGGGCUGUCACCUCAGAAGCCUCCAAGGCAUGUGCGGCGGGGACCCCCCAACCUGCAGAUCAGAGCCCCCAGUAAACACCGGGAGGACAGGAGUCAGGAUGACACCAAGCAGCGGGAAGAGGCGCUGGCCACGGCUCACCAGGACGAAGUCCCGCAGAGAACGGUGGUCAGCUGGCGGGGAGCAGUGAUCGAGCCGGAGCAAGGCACCCAAGUCCCUUCCAGAAAGGCAGACGCUCCCACCAGGCCGUCCCGGGAGGCCCCCAGCCUUCAGAACCAAGCAGCCUCCCUGAACGAGCGCCAGAAGGCCGUGAUAGAUGCCUUCCGCCAUGCGUGGGCCGGGUAUCGCAAGUUUGCCUGGGGCCACGACGAGCUGAAGCCUGUGUCCAGGUCCUUCAGUGAGUGGUUCGGCCUCGGCCUCACGCUCAUCGACUCCCUGGACACCAUGUGGAUUUUGGGUCUAAAGAAAGAAUUUGGAGAAGCCAGGAGGUGGGUGUCCGAGAAGCUGCAGUUCCAGAAAGAUGUGGACGUCAACCUGUUUGAGAGCACCAUCCGGAUCCUGGGGGGCCUUCUGAGUGCCUACCACCUGUCUGGGGACGCGCUCUUCCUGCAGAAAGCCGAAGAUUUCGGGAACCGGCUGAUGCCUGCAUUCCAAACGCACUCCAAGAUUCCGUACUCGGACGUGAACAUCGGCACUGGAGUGGCCCACCCGCCCUGGUGGACGUCGGACAGCACGGUGGCUGAGGUGACAAGCAUCCAGCUGGAGUUCCGAGAGCUCUCUCGUCUCACAGGGGUCAAGAAAUUCCAGGAGGCCGUGGAGGAGGUGACACGGCGCGUCCACUCCCUGUCUGGGAAGAAGGACGGGCUGGUGCCCAUGUUCAUCAACACGCACAGCGGCCUCUUCACCCACGUGGGCGUGUUCACCUUGGGCGCCAGGGCCGACAGCUACUACGAGUACCUGCUGAAGCAGUGGAUCCAGGGCGGGCGGCAGGACUCGCGGUUGCUGGACGACUACCUGGAAGCAGUCGAGGGGAUCAAAAGGCACCUGUUGCGCAGAUCUGAGCCCAGCAAGCUCGCCUUCGUGGGGGAGCUCACCCAUGGCCGCUUCAGCGCCAAGAUGGACCACCUGGUGUGCUUCCUGCCAGGGACACUGGCCCUGGGCGCCCACUUCGGCCUGCCCGCUGACCACAUGGAGCUGGCCCGGGCGCUCAUGGACACCUGCUACCAGAUGAACAGGCAGAUGGAGACGGGGCUGAGCCCCGAGAUCGUGCACUUCAACCUGUACCCGCAGAAGGACCAGAAGGAUGUUCAGGUCAAGCCGGCCGACAGGCACAACCUGCUGCGGCCCGAGACGGUGGAGAGUCUGUUCUACCUGUACCGCUUCACGGGUGACCGCAAGUACCAGGACUGGGGCUGGGAGAUCCUGCAGAGCUUCAACACCUACACACGGGUCCCCUCCGGCGGCUAUUCUUCCAUUAGCAACGUCCGUGAUCCCCACAAUCCCCAGCUCAGGGACAAGAUGGAGAGCUUCUUCCUGGGGGAGACUCUCAAGUACCUGUACCUGCUUUUCUCCGACGACCUGGACCUGCUCAGCCUGGACACCUAUGUGUUCAACACAGAGGCUCACCCCCUGCCCAUCUGGGCCCCCGCUUAGGGCCAGUGACUCCUGCGUGGGUGCUGCCCUGGCAUCUGUCAUUUCCUGUUUGAGGGCACCUGUCAUCAGGACCCUGGCCCUGGAUAGGUCCACCUCCUUUGACCUUGGCUGUGUGGUCUCCACCCAGCUGGCUGGAUGUGCUCCGGGCCAAGCUGGUGACAGAGGCUAUUAGAUAGCGGGGCCAGGACAUCUCCGGGCUUCGGAAGGUGCCCAGGCGGCCACCAGGCAGCAGGUGUUCCACCCCUGGCUGUGGGCUCCUUGUCUGUGGUUCCAUCAGAACAUCGUUAGGAACGAGGAGGAAGAAAGUAGCGCUGUGGUUCAGGGGGGUCCAGUCCACGGGGGCUUUCCUCCUCCUCCCUGAGAAAUCCCCAAUUGUGACUUAACAUUCCUAAAACCUGAAUGUGCUGUCAGCUGAUAUACGGGCUUCAUGGGGGUCCUGGGCCUCUGGUCACCUCCUGGGGCCACUGUGUCCCCCGACCCCGUGUUGCGUUCCAAGGACAAGAGCUGAGGGGGCGCCGGAGGAGCGCAGCAGCCUUGGCGUCUGUCUGAGCGUCUGGCCUGAGGCCUCGGGCGUCUGUGCCCCCUGGGGUGGGGCCUCUGGCUGGCUGUGCGGUUUGCGUGUUGGACUCAGGGAACCUGCAGGGUCUGGCGGCAGGUGACACGCUCACGCUGCUCGCAGGCCACCCGAUGGAAUGACCUUCGGUCGGGAUAAAGUAGAUGU